GCGCGUAAGGAGAAACCGUCGCGCGGUUCCAGGGAGCGCGCGCGGCGCUUCGGUGAUGAUUACAGCCGCCGGCUUCCAGAGAUACCGAGCGUGAUAUAAACCAGAACAAUCUGCCUGAAGCGCAGACGUUGGUACCGGAGAACGUUCGGUAAUAAUUACAGAGAGCCGGUUGUUCCGCCUCGAGCGUUUAGCGAGCGGCGGAGCAGUCGCUGUGACGUCAGAUCCGCGGGUUCAGCGCAUAGUUCUCGGAAUAGAUUUCUAGGAAACGGUAAAAUGUAAAAGCAGAGCAUUUGCAGGCUGCACUUCACACGUUUGGACGGUUUUAUGGUGGAAACACUUCACAAACCGCUUGACGUUCUGAUUGUUCCCCGCCGCCGGUUGGUUUCCUCGACGCUGUCUCAACGUCGAGGUGACUUUUUUUUUUUAAACCACUUCUUAAACGCAGAUCUGCUCGCAUGUUUCAUUAUUUUCUCAAGAACAAAUACUGAGCGGAUUCGAGUAGUAUGAUUCUUUGUGUACCAGGUCCUAGAUCAAUUCUGCCUCCUGCUCCUUCCAUCGACACCCCACGGGGUAUGCGGGCAGGAACGCUUUCCAACCCCCCUUGCCUUCAAAACACCUCCCUGCAAUGGGACCCUGCGAAAGACUUGCAAGCAAUUGCCAGCAACAUCUACUACCUAGAAAACUCAGGUUGGUACUGGGGGGCUGUGACGGCAGCUCAGGCCCACGCUGCACUGCAAGAAGCAUCUGAAGGAGCUUUUAUGGUACGAGACAGCAGCCACCCUCUGUACAUGCUGACCCUCUCGGUCAGGACUGCACGUGGUCCAACCAGCAUACGGAUUCAAUACAGUAGUGCCCGGUUCUCGCUGGACUCCAGCUUCCCGGCCCGACCCAACCUUUCUUCUUUCCCCAACGUGCCCAGUCUGGUGCAGCACUACAUAGGAUCAGAGAGGAAAGCAGCAGGGAGGAACAUGGAGGGAGAAGCUCCUUGCAAACCCUCUCAGCCGAUUAUUCAGGAGACGCCCAUACUGCUAAAACUCAAGACAGCUGUGUACAAACCCCAGGGCCUCCCCAGCCUACAGCACCUUACACGCCUCGUUAUUAACAGACACUGUGAUUAUCCCGAACAGCUACCGCUCCCGAGGCCUCUGAUGCGCUACGUACAGGACUAUCCCUUCAGGGUAUGAAUAAUCCACAAUGCCCAUUACAGCCAAAUGUCAACUGACCUAACAGAAAAAGUAAAAACUGAGAAACAGGAUAUGACACAGCUGCACCAGCGGUGGACUGUCGGCUAUUAGAAUACUGGACACGUGGUGAUGAUUUUGUUUUGUACAACUUCAGUCUAACUCAACGUGUCUCAAGUUUGAACUGAAUUAGUGAGGAAACAACAUGGAAAAGAUGACGCGUGAGAAAACGUCAGAGCUGUAGCAUACACAUCUGUUGUGAAUAUUACGCACACCUACCUAACCCUCACCAGUUGUACAUGUACUUACUGUGCAAAAAUGUUAGACAUGACAAAAAAAGAGAAAGAAAUAAAACAGCAAGCAUGCUGGAAAAAAUAAAAGUAUCUACUGUUAAACAAUAAGACUAAAAAUGAAUAUAUGGUGCGACCUACCUUUAUAUUUAAAGCAGAGUAAUUCUGGGUGAACUAUACCACAAUUUUACAAAAGCUUCAUGUCCAUCAACUCAUUAUUCACUAACAACUAUUUUUUGUUGUCUUUGUGGAAUUAUGCACUCAGCUGCCAACCUACAAAAGUAAUCACGUUUCUAUUCAUUUGAAAAUCUUUUACAUACUUUAAAUCACAUUUUCCUUAAUAAAAUAGACAUGUUUUUCUUCCAAAAGUUACCAUCAAAAACCACUAUGAAGGUGCUUAAGACUUUUGCACAGUAACGCACACACUGUUUGUUUCACCAUUUUAUAAUUCUCUGAAUAACCAUGUCACUUAUUUCUACCUUUUACAUGUGUACAUAUUUUCUAUUAAAAA